AUGCAAGGCAUGCAGCGCUUGCUGCUCGUGCUGGUGCUCCUGGCGGUCACAGGUGGCAGCGACGCGGCGCGCCUGCUGCGCCAGAUCGUCCAGUCCGAGGUUGUGCGGCAGAACCCUGCCUACGCGCCGACGCUGGCGACGACAGUCGGCUCCAACGGCGGCCAGGCGGCCGCGCUCGCCAACCCCAACAGCGCAGGCGUCUUCGUGCAGUCUGGCCGCGUCACCUCCGCCGGCAGCCUGCUGCCCGGCCCUACUGGCCGCGUCGCCACCGGUGGAGCAGGGAAUGGCGGGGCCCUGCAGUCGGGCCUGGGCGAGCUGCCCAUCGUCUCCACCGGCAACAUAGCGGCCGCGUCCACGUACGGCUCGGGGGGCGCGGCGGUGGCCGUGGCGGCGCCGAGCGCAUACUACGUGGGCGGCGGCUCUCGCGCCACUGCCAUCGGCGACGCGACUGGCCUGUACGGCGGCUCCCUUGCGGCGUCCAACUCCGACGCGAGCGAGAGGCUGGGUGGCGGGCCCUACCAAGGCCAGUUCAGCAGCGCCGUCGCCGGUCAAGUGACCUCCAACGGCCUUGACCGUGCCGACUCCAUUGGCGGCCGCCGCGGCGGCGGUGGUGGCGGCAGCGGUGGCAGGAGGGGCGGCGGCUCCCGCGGCUCCGACAGCAGCUCUUAUGGCGGCUUUGGCGACUCUGGCUUCGGCGGCCAGACCUCGUUCGCCGGCGCCCAGACGUUCGAUGCAGUCGCCUACGGCGUCAGCGGGACCGGCGGCCCCGUCGCCGUCGCCGCCGCCGGCGAGGCGCUGGCGGUGUCUCAGGCGGGGAGCAGCGGCUGGGCCGGCAACGCCAUGCCGGCCAGGCUGAACGUGGAGAAGGAUCGCAACCCGUGA